CUUAAAAGAAGAUCAGAGGUUUGGGAGCUGCAGUAGCAGAACAGCAGCCUGCAGCACAUCAUGGAUGAUCUAUCGACAAGUAAAGAUAUAUCUAUGGAUACAGAUAACUGGUCACCAGAUGCCAAGAGGUCAUCACUUCAGGAAGCUCAACAACCAAAAGAGGAGAUGGUUGGAGAUGUAAAUGAAGGUAAACUGCAGGACGUCUGUCAGAAGCUGAAGUGUGUGCUAUCACCACAGGAGUAUCAGUAUGCUAUACAUUUGCUGCAGAAAAUCUCAGUUACCCAGAGUGAAGUGUUGGAGCUCUGCACAGUUUUGCUGGACAGACAUCGACAGAAAGGAGGGAAAAAAAUCCAGCAAUCACCACAGUCUGCAGAGUCCAAGGACAGAAAAAAAAAAAAGUCCACAUAUAGUCCAUGGCUUCAACCCACCGUGAGGGUCUGCGCUGUUGUUACUGGUCGGACCUUUGGUGCUGAUGAAGCCAUACUGGAACAAGUUAAGAACAGCAAAGGAUGGAUAUCACCAGAGGUGCAGAUCACCAGCCUGCAGGAAUGUGACAUCAUCAUGGUCCUCUGUCCAAUCACAGCCCGUAGUGGAUCAGAUGUGGAGGAAGCCUUUAGAAGAGAGGAAGUGUCACAGAGUGAUAAACCUCUCAUUCUGGUGCUGAUGCAUCACACCUGGGAUGCUGAGUACUCAACUGGAGGAAGAAAAUGGGCUGAAGAGAAUUCAAAAAUUGUGCUGGAGGUUCAUGUUCUCUUCCACGAGACACAGCCGGGAUUACUGCAGUGUGAGAGAAACCUGCAGGCUGUUGGAGAAAUACGCAACAAAUUACACAAACACAGUAAAUAUGAAUGGUCUCGGUAAUAAAACCUGAUUUAGAGCUGCACCCAAGAGUGGGGAAAAACUAAAAAUAUAAAAAAUGUGAUUUUUAGCAUUUAUUCAUCACUGAGGUCAGAAAAAUACAGACUGAUAGAAAACUGAUUAUCUUUGUCUAUGUUAUUGAUCCUGCUGAUAAAAGAUGUGAUUUUCAGACUGUAAAGUUUUAUCAUAGCACUUCAACCUGUAAACAUGUGAUAGUCCUGCUUAUUUGUUUUUAAUGAAUAAACAAUAAAAAUAUCUGUUUAUUUCAA